AUGUCAGUGGCAGUCAAGAAUCCUCUGCAGACACUCACCAACAACGUCAAGUCCUCGUCAACCGCAACAAUGACAAGCACCAUCCACCGCCGCAUGAGCGAUACCAGCGUAGUCAUCGCCAUCGCCAUCAGCUGCACCGCCAUCGUCGUCAUCUUCCUCGCAGCAGUUUUCUUUUGCAACUGGCGCUCUCGUCCCAAGUCACCUACUGAUACCCGCGGCCGCGACCAUGACGAUUCGGAUGCCAACUCUGACAUCGAACUGGAUGCCAUGCCUGAUGGUGCUCUGAACCAUCCUCUUGUGCUGGGGAGCAAUGGUGCGGGACAUGUUUAUCCGGUCUUUGAAGCAACUCGUGAGCGUCAUGCUCAGUACUGA